AAUUGUUCCUCUAUCCGUUCCAAAUUUUAUCAAUAGAAAAACUACAUAUUUUAUGAUACAACAUCUGAUUCAAAGGGAUUGCUUUAGAUCACACUGUAUAUAAUGCUGUUAGCAGAGAUAUAGCAAAGUUGUCUACAAAAUGUGACGGUAGAUUAAUGACAGAAGCAAUCUUGGCAUACUUGUUAUAUGGUGUACCGUAAAUUACCGCGGCAAGAACAAUGCGGAAUCUGCGGUUUCUGCCACUAAUUUGCAGUCUAAAUGUGUCACAGCAGGUUCUAUCGUGCAAAGCAUGAUUUAACUCAUGCUAUUUAUUCCGCUAGCAAUUUCUAAAUUGAAUUUGCUGCCACUCUAUUAACACAUAUUGCAAACAAUUUGCCUGUGCAUCAUGCUAAAGGUAACGUCACGGGCACCGCAAUUUCUAAUUACGGCUCUGCACCGAUGGUUUCCAUCGGUCUUUAGUCCGCGCCGCGGCGGCGCCCAGUCCGCGUCAAGCGACGCCAAGUGACGGAUGUUGAUGUGUGUCGCCGACAAGCGGUGCGGAUCACCCUGGGGGUUCUGUCAGUCAGUGCGCUCGUAAGAAAGAGAGAGAAAGGGAAAACGUGAGAUGUACGGCAACAAGGGGACGACGAUCGGAUGCUGGCUCGUGUGGUGCUGCGUCUUCCUGACGUACCACGUGGUCAGCGAGACACCAGCGGCCGGCGCUAACGAUGUCCUCGUUUUUACCGUCGCCUCCAAUGGGACGGAUGGUUUCCAAAGAUAUUUGAGGUCGGCCGAGGUCUACGGAUUUCGUGAUAAAUUGAACGUCCUAGGGCUGGGCAACCCCUGGAGAGGUGGUAACGUCGUGAAUUAUGCCGGCGGUGGAUACAAAAUUAAUCUCCUCAAGAAAGCCUUAGAGGAUUACCAGGACGAUGAAAAGAAAAUCAUCCUAUUCACCGAUAGUUAUGACGUUAUUUUUCUCGGCGGUUUAUCCGCCAUCGUCGAGCGAUUCCUGAACAUCGAUGCUCGAAUUCUGUUUUCCGCGGAGGCGUAUUGCUGGCCGGAUAAAUCCCUGGCUGCGCGCUAUCCGCCCGUAUCGAGGGGCAAACGAUACCUGAAUUCCGGUGGCUUCAUCGGUUACGCGUCCGACGUGUACAAAAUCCUAAAUAUUGAAGCUAUUAAAGAUGAGGACGAUGAUCAACUGUACUACACAAACGCGUACCUAAACGAUGAGCUUAGAACGCGACAUAAGAUCAAGCUGGAUCAUAAAUCCAAAAUAUUUCAGAAUCUCAACGGUGCGGUAGCUGAUGUGGAACUCAGGUUCAAGGGAGAAGAAGCCUAUCUACAAAACAUCGUCUACAAUACGGUGCCCCUGAUACUUCAUGGUAACGGAUUCAGCAAGCUGGUCUUAAAUUCUCUGGGCAAUUAUCUGGCUCGCGCCUGGACGCCGGACGAGGGAUGCUUGACGUGCUGGGAUCGAACUAUAGAGCUCGAUAAGACUGAGCCGGAAACGUUUCCGGUUAUUUUAAUAGCUAUUUUCAUCGAGCGUCCCACGCCGUUUUUGGAAGAAUUCUUCCGGGCUAUCUAUCGUCAAUUUUACCCAAAAUCGAAGUUGCAUCUGUUUGUUCACAACAACGUGCCCUAUCACGAGGACGUAGUGGAUGACUUUUUCGAGAAGAUCGGUCAGGAAUAUUUGAGCGCGAAGCAGAUAUUACCGAGCGACGCCAUCAGUGAGGUUGACGCGAGAAAAUUGGCCAUGGAGCAUUGCUUGUUGAAGGAGUGUUCCGGGUAUUUGUCUGUUGACGCAGUUUCGCAUUUGGACAACGAGUACACGCUGAAGUUACUGGUGGAACAGCAAAGGGGGAUCGUCGCGCCUUUGCUCAUACGACCGUACAAAGCAUGGAGCAACUUCUGGGGCGCCAUAACAGACGAUGGAUUUUACGCGCGGAGUUUCGACUAUAUGGAGAUAAUAAAAAACGAACGCAGGGGACUGUGGAAUGUGCCGUUCGUCAGUAACUGCUACUUGAUCAACGCGACGAUCAUAGCGAACAAAGCGACCCGACCAACCUACGAGAAUGACGACCUGGACACGGAGAUGGCGUUCGCUCAUGGAAAUCGGCGGAGAGGCCUAUUCAUGUAUGUUAGCAACAGACUCGAGUUUGGUCAUCUCGUUGAUCCUGAUACUUAUGACAUUCAACUCACCUAUCCGGACAUGUAUCAGAUUGUGGACAACAAGCUAGACUGGGAAAGAAGAUACAUUCAUCCGAACUACAGUGACAAUUUUAAUCCCGACAAGAAACCGAUACAGCCAUGUCCGGAUGUCUAUUGGUUUCCCAUCGUUAAUCUCAGGUUCACCAAGGAACUCGUAGGAAUCGUAGAGACUUAUGGACAGUGGUCGGACGGGACUAAUCACGAUCCACGAUUAUCGGGUGGUUACGAAAACGUACCAACUCGUGACAUCCACAUGAAUCAAGUUCAAUAUGAACAACAGUGGUUGUACUUCUUGAAAGAAUAUGUUAGACCAUUGCAGGAGCUUGUCUUCACCGGCUAUUAUCAUGACCCGCCACGAUCGCUCAUGAACUUCGUCGUGAGGUAUCGUCCAGACGAACAACCAUCCCUGAGACCACAUCACGACUCUUCGACUUACACUAUCAACAUCGCUCUGAAUCAAGCAGGAGUGGAUUACGAAGGCGGUGGAUGCAGAUUCAUCCGGUACAACUGUUCAGUCACCGAUACAAAACCAGGCUGGAUGUUGAUGCAUCCUGGAAGAUUAACGCAUUAUCAUGAGGGCUUGCGAGUGACUGCGGGUACACGUUACAUCAUGAUCUCCUUCGUAGAUCCGUGAUAGAAUUCACUGUAAAUUAUCAAACUACCGAUGUAUUACAAAUAUACUGCCACUAUCGAAAACAAAGAAUUUCAAAAGAAGAGAUGGCGAUAUCAAAGAGAAGUGUAAUUUUGCAUGGACGUGUGUUCAUUGUUGUUGUCGAUUAGAAACGUCAAUUGCCAUUGAUGAACUGAAUAAUACAUUUAACAGAGGUGAAAGCUGCUUAACUGAUGUAUUAUUUUUAUACUCUGAUGUAAAUGCACGCCUAAUCGUGUUUCACUAGUUAGCAAUAUUGCCAAUUUUUACAAAGAUGGUAAAGCUGUAUGUGUGUGUAUGUGUGUGUGUUACAUACACAUACAUACAUACAAAUAUGUUCAUAUAUGUACACACAAUAUGUUCAUAUGUAAAUGUGCAAUAAUCAUAUUUGUUGAUAUCUAAAUUUCAGUUCGUUUUAUGAAUUGAUCGAUAAUAAAUUUUUAAUAAUAAAUGUUAUGAAAUACGAUAAAUAUUAUAUUAUCAAUCUCACUCUCUAUUUGUUUUUAAAUACAGUCGAAAGGAAAAGGGUUUAAAGGGUUCCUCAAGCUCAAUAUUUUUGUUUUUGAUUUUUCAUUGUAUCUAUACAGUUUAUCUCAUUAUGUUACAUUAGGAACAGCAACAGGAUAAAUAAUUAAAAGUAACGUCUGAAUAGCA